AUGGGCGCUGUCCUAAGCUACGUCCACUCCAUCCUCGACAAUGCCCUUACCACCGUGAAACUGGUCCAGAACCGCGAGGUCGGCUGGAAAACACUCAAUCGCAAAACUGGCCGGUAUGAGCGUGAACGACAGCCCAUAUACAAAAAGAUCAAGCUAUGGCUUUUGUUCAGUUGGCCCAUGGAGUGGAUUGAUCGGACGUGGUUGCUGAGGCAUUGGAUUCAUGACAAGACUAUCAGAUCGGGCAAGAAGGAAGGCACGCUCGCCUCCGCUAGCCAAAUCCAAUCCUUCGUCGACUUCUACCACAUCAACAUGGACGACUUCAGUCCCUCCGACAUCCAUGCCUACCGUACAUUCGAAGACUUUUUCGUGAGGCAACACAAACCCGGAGCCCGUCCAAUCUUCGAAGAGGAUGACCCGUCCCGUGCGGUCGUCGUUGCAGACUGUCGACUGGUCGUCUACCCCACCGUCGCCGAAUCCAAACGCCUCUGGAUAAAGGGCCGGAACUUCACAAUCGGCAACUUGAUCGAAGAUGACGCCACCGCAAGAACAUGGCACAACGGUGCGAUUGCAUCUUUCAGGCUAAGUCCGCAAGAUUAUCAUCGCUACCACUCCCCGGUGGAAGGCGUGGUGGAAUGGUACAAGCAAAUCCCCGGCGAAUAUUAUCAAGUCGACCCACUCUGCGUGAGGUCUGACAUCGACAUCUUGACCCUCAAUGCCCGCUGCGCGGUCUGCAUCAAUAGUCCCUUGUUCGGACGCGUGCUCUUCGUCGCCAUUGGAGCCACAAAUGUGGGCACCGUAGAAAUCAACCCAAAGUGCCGGACGAAGGGCUCACACUUGAGAAAGGGCGAAGAAGUAGGUUUGUUUCAAUUUGGAGGGAGUAGCAUCAUCGUCGCGUUUGAGGAGGGAAAGAUCCGGUUCGAUGAGGAUUUACUGAGUACGUACACCACUGUCUCGGUCUUCCGUCUGGGCGAUGCAAGCAGCCUCGACGCUGCAAGUCCGGCGCGGCAGUCGGCGCCAAUCAUGACGCUUCCGAAACCGAAUGCCUCGUUCAAGAUUCCUAGUGUCCAUGACGAUACAGAGCUGGAUUGUCGAAUAUACUAUCCGCGGAAGACGGAGAAGAACUCCAGGGCUUUCGGGCGAAGCUUCGCGAUAGUUGCACAUCCGUACGCUCCCUUGGGCGGUUGUUAUGACGACCCAGUGGUGGCGCUUGUUGGUGGCGUCCUGCUUCAGCAGGGCUUUGUUUUGGCCACGUUCAAUUUCAGAGGAGCAUCUGGAUCAAGCGGACGAACAUCUUGGUCAGGGAAGCCUGAGCUGAGUGAUUACGUUUCGGUCUACGGUUUUCUACUGCACUAUAUCGAUGCUAUCUUUCGCGCAGGGGCAGAGGAACAGCGAUGUCGAUACCCACCCCCACUUUUAAUUCUAGGAGGGUAUUCAUAUGGCUCGAUGAUUGCAUCCCAUCUGCCGCCGAUAGAUCUGGUGGUCGAGUUAUUCAAGUUAGAGACACCAGACUCGGCAGGGACUGAGAUCAAGCGGCGAGCGGAGGAGCUGUCUCGUGAUGCUCGGGCCUACUUCGAUAUGUAUUCCGCGUCAACAACCUUAACAGUCGCAGGGUCUCCAGGGACACCCAGAGGACAGAUCCGAAAGACCAAACCCGGUGUCAUCAUGGGUGGUUACGAGUCGGGGCGCAUCAGCCGGGAAAACUCCAGAAAGAGCAUUGACACGGAAAGGAUCAGACAAAGUUUGGACAGAGUCCGUCGCAAGAUCGGUUCUCAAGCCGACAGUCCGUCCACGCCAUCAUCAUCGGCAUCAGUAACAGAAGCGGCGACUUCGCCACUCGCGGAACCUGCCCCGACUGUGUUGCCAGAUGUCGCCUACCUCAUCGUGUCUCCAAUCCUUUCUAUGGCGGCCAGUUUCACCACGAUGUUCUCCAAGCUUCGAUUUGUCGCCAAGGGUCUGCAGGGAGCGUCUGCAUCGGAGGGAGAGUUUCAUCAGCUCACAGUCCAUCCGUGUUGCUGCUUGUACGGGAACAAAGAUGUUUUCACGUCUGCUCGCAAGUUGCAGAGGUGGACGGAAGAGCUGAAAGCACGACCAGGGUCUCGGUUUAUGGCCGUCGAGGCAGACGCCGGACACUUCUGGCGAGAAGCUGACGGCAUCGUUCGAUUUAAGCAAGGACUGUGCGAAUUCCUCGAGACACUGACAAGUCGCCGUGCUGCGUCUACCGAAGAUGAUGCACGCUCGUAA